AGAGCAACUGCCAAUUCUGAAGCUGGGAAACCCUAAAACCUAAACCCUUUUCCAGUUGCUGUUCUCUGUAGCAGUGCAGCCACAAUGAGAUUGGAGAAGUGUUGGUUUUGUUCCUCAACGGUAUAUCCUGGUCAUGGAAUCCAGUUCGUUCGUAAUGAUGCCAAGAUUUUUCGAUUUUGCGGGUCUAAAUGCCAUAAGAACUUUAAAAUGAAGAGGAACCCUCGUAAGGUCAAAUGGACCAAGGCAUAUCGAAGAGUGCAUGGAAAGGAUAUGACACAGGAUUCAACGUUUGAAUUCGAGAGGAAGCGGAACAAACCUGAGAGAUAUGACAGGAACCUUGCUGAGAAUGUGCUUAAGGCCAUUCCUAAGAUUGAUAAGAUCAGAGUCACCAGAGAGGAGAGACACCAUAAGAAUAGGAUGAAGGGAAACAAGGUGAAGGUGCAGAGGGAGGCGACGAAGGAGUUGGAGCAGGGACCAAAGAUCAAAGUCAUGGUUUCCCAACAGCAAUCACAGCAGAAUCAACCUAUGGAAGAGUGAUUCGUUUGGCAAUGCUGGCCUUAUUUUGUUCCGGUUCGAUAUUUGCGGCUGGAUUAGUGGCCUUCUGAGGUCCAAAUUUAUAGUGUUAGUUUACUUGAGAGAUGAUUCAUGUCAUGUUGUGAAUGAUAUGGUUUUGAAAGAGAGUUUUGGGGUGAGCCUUUUGUAAUGUAAACAUUGAAUGUGAUACAUUGUGAGAGAUAGUUAACUAUUAUAAAGCAUAUCAGAAUUGUGUGUCUGGUUGGGCAUAGCAUAUUCAAUCCAAGUUAAGAUUUAAGAACUGUGAUCAUCUUAUGGUUCCAAAUUGCUUAGCAGGAGCAGCCCUUGCUGCUCUAUGGGCAAAUGAGCUCUCACUGAAGUGAGAUUAAACAAAAUGAAGUAACGGUUAUUCCCUUCCUUUCAAAUUAGUAUUCAUGAAGCAUGUACUUCAAAAUCUGAUAAACCAUUCCUGCAAAUUCAGAGGGUUUUAGGGUUUCCAUUCGAGGAGAAAGCCUCGAAAAAAAUGGCUUCAAUGGCAGCAAGAAGAUCCAGCAGCACAAUCGUGCGAACCAUCUGUAGAGCCACUGCGAAAUCGACGGCAGGGAGGUCAUCAUCCUCGUCCUUCCCUUUGCGCGAUUCCAAUCUCGGUAUUCGGCAUAAUAACAACCGUAUCGCUCCGGCGAGGUUCUCGCUCCUCCGAAGAGAAUUGAGCUCCUUGAAGCCAUUGCACACAGCCAUUGCUUCAUCUUACCUUGUUUCCAAGCUUCCCACCGAAGCUACCACCUCCUCACAAGGGAGGUUUGCUAACUAUGUCAGUCCAAUCUAAUAAAGGAUGAUGCAUAAACUGAUGAGGGUUCAUCUUGUUGAAUUCCUUGAAAGCUGGGUUACUUUUGAGGCUCUUUCAUUGAGAAUUUGGAAAUUUCAGAUUUCUUGACUAUAAGUGCUGAGCAGGUUUGCUUCUUCGAGUAGUUAGUAGCCUCUGCCUGCCUCUGACAUGUAUGUAAAUUUGUAACUUUUGAUAAGUCAAAUGUUGUUUUGUGUUUGUUAUACUUUGUAUACUGUCAUUGAAAUAAUAUCAUGCGAAUUAUUUGAGAUUAA